AGUUUGUCUUUUCUCCUUAGCAAAUCGAAAAUGGACUAUCGUGAACGUGUGACGGUUUAACUGCACUCGUCCGCUGCCGCCCUCAUCAAGAUAAAUCUAAACAUGGAAGGGUGUGGAGAUUGGGAAAUUAACAUUCCUGUGGAGGCCGAGGUGAAAACCGUUCCCCUGAAGAAUUUACCAAACUCGGUCAUCAGAAAAAUAGGCCCCCCCGUCUUUGAGGGCGACCCUGCCCGGAAGCAGAGUGACUCAACAGAUGUGACAUGGAUCUGUCCAGCGGUGGUCAGAAGGAAAGGACAGGACUUUGUCUCAGGCUCAGGAAGACAUUUGGCUGACAACUUGCUCUCGUUCGUAGGCACGCAGGUUCCAGCCAGUCCUUUGAAAAUGUCUUUUGUUUCCUCCAACCGAGCAGCCAGGGACGUGCUCAUGAACAUCUCCCCUGGAAGACGUUCGUCCAAAGAAGAGCUUUUGAGUCAGGACUCAGCUCUGCUGGCCAAUGAUGACGCUGUCAUCGUCUACAAAGGGCAAAUUUAUCUGUGCAUCAGGAAAGCCAAGAGGAGAACUCGGAGGACACGGAAACGGCAGCCGGUAUGUCAGGCUGCCAUGCCUUCAACAUCAGGCCAGCAAUCUACAAGCCACACCAGGGAGCUCAUUGGUCGCAGACCGAAGGUAAAAAUCGAUGCAGGUAAAGUGAAGCGCUGUGAGAAGGCCGUGCUGAAAACAAAAGGCGUUCCCUUGGUCAGGGAUGAGUCCUUGGCCCCUCAGCCUUCUGACAGCACACUCAGAGCAGACAGUAACAGUCCAGGAGGAGACCAGGAAGAGGCUUCUGUCUGGACCAAUCACAUGAAUGGAAGUCAGGUGAACAGUCAGGAAGAUGAUCACAGUGGCAGCCAGUGGUGGACACGGGCGGAGCCCGUUGGGGGCCCUGCCGCCUCCACAUCCAGAGAUUCUGACUAUGAAGAGCUGGAGCGGGAGGAGGAGAUAGCUCACCUGUAUCAACUCAUCUAGACAGGAAAUAAUUAGAUGGUAUGGCAUUUGUUUGUGUACACUCUUGCCUCUGGUCGUCUGCUCAUUCUGGACUCGUUUCAAGCACACGAUCACAACAGUCAGACUUGGAGGAUGUCUCCAUAGAAACGUUACAAAGACAAACGCUUUAUUUAAUGCUGUAACAGCUACUCUUAUGUUUAGAUCAAUAAACAUUAUUAAUUAGUGGUAUGAAUCUUUUGAAAUGAGCAUAAAUAAACUGUGAUAAACUGA